UCGACCACUUUUGGUGGUGUUUGCUGUCCACGUCCGCAGUACGUGUGCAAACUUCCGCGUGAGCAGGGUAACUGCGGAACGUACUCGAACCGAUGGUGGUUCAACGCCAAGACCGGUAACUGUGAAGAGUUCAUCUAUUCGGGAUGUCAAGGAAAUGCGAACAACUUUGAGACUUACAAAGAGUGUCAGGACUACUGUCGCGAUGCCAGAAGUGAACCCCAAUGUAUACAAGGCACAGCACUUACCGAUUCAAACGGUAACUUCAUUAUUUGCGGUGGUACCACGGCUGCAUCGACCACUUGCCCAGCCAAUCACUACUGUUACUAUGACGGGACUACCUACGGAUGCUCAUACACCUGCUCGUUGUCCUACAAAUCUGGAGCGUCAUGUGGUCCAGCAGUUACUCGAUGGUACUACGAUUCGACGACACGAACCUGCCAGACGUACUCGUUCAAUGGAUGUGAUGGCAAUUCAAAUAACUUCGCCACACAGCAGGAUUGCAAGGAUUACUGUAGAGUGGAAUCCUGCCCAGAUGGAGGAGAGGUGUGGAAGGAGCAGAAUGGAGCAGCACGUGCAUGUACUACCAACAGACAGUGUCCGUCUACCCAUUACUGCACGCCGGUGACGACGUGGACAGGUAGGUCACGAAAACAAUGGAAAGGGAUUGGGCACAAGCCACCGUUCUGCUUCCACGGCAUUUCUCAGGGUUGA